CUCAAUGGUUUCACAAUUCCCACAGUUGUUUGGCCACUUCUCGCGGACAUAUCCAGCAGGAGUGGCCAAACUGAACGUGGACAACUUGCUGAUGAAGCAAUACCCAUGUUGAAGAGGGCCGGCUUGCUAAGCCGUGGAAAUGUCACGGUGGGUUGCUGUGGAAAGGCCUCAUUUGUUGGACUGAGAUACAUGCGACGAACGCAAAGUUGCGAAAGUUGGCCGCCCUGCAAUUUCCGACGCCACUGCUACAACUGUUGUUUUUGCUCUAUUUCACAGCUCAAAUCGUUGAGUGUGAGGGAAGGUAUAAUUUUUUUCUGCUGGCUCGAAAUCCCUUCCGCCUCUCCCUUAAACGCUGUUCAUGCCUACCACAAUACCAACCCGCGCAGUCACCACCGUCGGUACUCAAAGAUGGCGCUCCGCAGGAUGCCUCGUAUGCCGCCUCAGGAGCAAGAUAUGCACACGUCCUCCCGGAAGCUUUGCCUGCAGGGACUGAAACCGUCAUGCCAUGAGCAAGUAGGGCCUGUCCAAAUUGGGCUAAGGGUUGGUGGCAUCACGGUCUACCAACAUAACUCAACAAAUUACGCACGGCGUCACUAUGCUUGUGAGGCUGCUCACAAAGAGAUCCGCCAUGCAGGCUAUUAUAACGGCGACGUCCCGCACCACUCACCACCCAUGACUGAGACCUUUUCGCGUUUACUGGAACAAGCCACGUUGAGCCGGUUCAAUACCCGAGCCGCCCAGGCACUUCGAUACCACGAAGCCUCACCUCAACGCCAGAUUGGACUAGGUGACGCGUCGAUCCCCCCAACUUCCCCUGUCGGCAGCUCUGAAGCGAUGGUGUCCAACGUGUCCUCUCUGUUUCCGACGUACCCUUCAAAUUCCAUUCCGGAGUUUGAUCCGCUACUUGAAUAUUAUAUGGAAAAUCCUGCAGCUUCUUUGGAUGACGCGGCCCUCGGGUCCGUCAAGGAUCACCGGCCGAAGCAUCGACAAUCCGGAAGGAGAUGGCUAUCAAGCAAAUUCGUCGACACCUGUAUUUCUUGAUUCACACCCUCCGCCAUCACCUCAGCAGGACGUUCAUCUAAUCAUCGAGAGCUUGAGACCAUUCCUAUGGUACUGCGGAUACGAGCUUGUUCACAGGUGAAUGUGUUACGA